AAUAAUUUUAGGAUAUUUAGCGCUCACGGGAGGGAGGGAAAAAUACGGGCACUACAGUAGGGAGUAGAGCCUCUCAAUCGGAACCUAAAUGGAGCGGAAAAAAAGGCGAUUUGUGUUUGAAUCUACAUUUAAAACGUCGCAUUCCGUUCCCCAUGGUUUACUGUUCUAGCUACUCGACCAGUACCACUUAGUGCCUAAUCACUGGCGGUCGAUUUCCCUUUCAUUACCUCCCUCUUUGCUUUACGCCUCUAUAAAUUGCCGCCUCAUCCUACUCUUUACCCCAGGUUUCCGACUCCUUUUGUUCUAUCCAAAACAAGUUGAUAACACUCAAUUUGCAUGCUCUUUCUCAAGCUGAUAUAUAGCAAAUAGUUCGGAAUUCCGAAUUCCCUCUGUAAGUGAGUGCUCAGAAUGGCUGCUCUAGCAAGUAACACCACUAGAAGUUUCCCUCUGCAAUUCAAUGCGCGGCCUGCAAGUGAUAAUAGGUCAGUAGUUGCUUGUAAGAAGUUUAGCUUGGGCAAAAUUUGUGGGCGUCUUACUGCUAAGCCUCCCGUCCAGCGAAGAGAGUCCAAUUAUAAGAAAGCAUUUGAGUCGCUGGAACUUGGGCUUACACUUGAUGCAAAAGAAUGGAGAGGUUAUAAAGAUGGGCCUGGGUGGAAUCCGUUCCAGAGGCUGGCUGCAAUGGCGUUAGAAGCAGUGGAGAGGAGUUUGAUUGCGGGUCUGGAGAAGAAACGUCCUAGGACCAAGACCACUGAUCCGAAGCUUCAGCUCUCAGGCAACUUUGCACCCGUUGGCGAGAACCCCGUUCACCAUGACCUCGAAGUGGUGGGCCGAAUUCCUCAGUGUCUGAACGGCUUGUACGUGCGAAACGGCGCAAAUCCCCAGUUCGAGCCCUCCGGAGGACAUCAUUUAUUCGACGGGGACGGCAUGAUUCAUGCCGUGAGGCUCAUGCAUGGCAUGGCCAGCUACUGCUGCCGUUACACUCGCACGCACCGGUUUGAUCAGGAGAAGAAGUUGGGACAGGCCGUUUUCCCCAAGACAAUUGGCGAGCUCCACGGGCAUGCCGGACUGGCACGCCUGCUCUUGUUUCAUGCGCGUGCUUUGUUCGGGCUUGUGGACGCGAGUAACGGCAUCGGAGUGGCCAAUGCAGGUCUUGUUUUCUUUAACGGCCGGCUUCUCGCCAUGUCUGAAGAUGAUUUGCCCUACGCUGUGCAUGUCAGGGACGACGGAGACCUGGAAACCGUCGGGCGGUUUGAUUUCGACGGGCAGCUGAAAUCCUCCAUGAUCGCACACCCGAAGGUGGAUCCGGAGACGGGGGAGCUCUUUGCUCUGAGCUAUAAUGUUCUGAAGAAGCCGUAUCUCAACUACUUUGUCGUCCGUCCAGACGGGACCAAAGGUCCCGACGUGUCAAUUUCCAUCAAGGAGCCGACGAUGAUGCACGAUUUUGCAAUCACCGAGAACUACGUCGUGGUACCGGAUCAGCAGGUCGUGUUCCGCCUCGGGCAGCUUUUCUUGGGUGGCUCGCCGGUCGUUUAUGAAAAAACGAAGAUCCCGCGCUUUGGCGUGCUUCCCAAGUACGAUUCCGACGAGAGCCGGAUCAAAUGGGUGGAGGUGCCUGACUGCUUUUGCUUCCAUCUCUGGAACGCCUGGGAAGACGAAGACAGCGACGAGAUUGUUGUGAUCGGGUCCUGCAUGACUCCGCCAGACAGCGUUUUCAACGAGUCCGAAGAAUCUCUCAGAAGCAUUCUCUCUGAAAUACGCCUCAAUACGGCGACCGGAUCGUGCAGAAGAAGAGAUUAUGCGUCCCUGAAUCUGGAGGCUGGGCAGGUGAACCGGCGGCAUCUGGGAAGAAAAACAAGAUACGCGUAUCUGGCCAUAGCGGAGCCGUGGCCUAAGGUUUCGGGCAUCGCCAAAGUGGAUCUGCAAUCACAGUCGCCGGGCAGCUCGAACGAGAAUAUCGUGGCGAGGAUGACGUACAAGGAGGGAUGUUAUGGCGGAGAGCCUUUCUUCGUACCUCGCACAACAGAGCAAGGCGCUGCAGAAGACGACGGCUAUAUCCUUACCUUCGUCCACGACGAGGCGACAUUAAGUUCUGAGCUGUUGAUUUUGGAUGCAGCUUCUUCCAGCCUGGAGACCGUAGCAUCCGUCAAGCUUCCUUCCAGAGUACCUUACGGCUUCCACGCCACGUACGUGCCUUCUGCUGACCUUGCCAAUCAGAAGCUCCACGCCAAAUAGUACUGCUGCAUCUUCUGCUUGUAAAUUCUUACCUUUUAGCGCUAUACAUCACGCUUGUGAAAGGGAUCUCCCGGCUACUAUAGGUUUCCGCUGUAUAUUGCAGCUCAGCUGGCUUCCUUUAUCUCUUUGCUGUGAAAGACUAUAAACCUUGUAAUGUGUCAGAAUCUCAACUUUUGCCACAAAUAUACGACUUUUUUCUCACAAUUCAGGCAUGCAUACAAAUUUUAGUUGCUGCUUUGUCACAAUAUUAAAUACGGAACUUUCAACGUUUGUCGUCAUAACAAAUUAUCCAUUACUCUCAUUUCAAAUCUUCAGAACAAAUCUUUUCGGCCUCUAAAUGG